ACCGCACCUGAACACAAGGGGACGUCCAAAUUGGACGACAAGGUGGAUUGUGUCCUUCGAGGCUUUAAUAGCACGACUUUGUAACCCUACUUCACCUGUGGACUUUACUCGUCUACUACUCAGCCUCGUCACAGGAUACCUGUUCUUCCGAGCCAGUCACCUUUGUCUUGACGUCGCGCAUUAACAACUGUGUUGUUAAGAUGUUCAAUUCACCAGAUUGGGUGUUCUCUAUGUUUGCUUUCCUUGGGUUCUUGUGCUGCAUGAUUCCGCUUCCCUGGCAUUUGGAGGCGUGGAACACUGGAACCUGUCUAUACAUGAUCUGGACUGGCUUAUCAUGUCUCAUCCAAUUCAUUAACUCGAUCGUUUGGAGGUCGAAUGUGACUAACUGGGCUCCUGUGUGGUGUGAUAUCUCCGCGAAAUUCAUAAUCGGGACUUCCGUUGCUAUUCCUGCUUGUUCGCUUUGCAUCAACCGUCGUCUCUACCACAUCGCAUCAGUUUCCUCGGUCACGAAGACGAGAGCUCAAAAGAGGCGUGACAUCAUGACCGAUCUGGCCAUUGGUGUCGGUAUCCCCGUCCUCGAGAUGAUUCUGCAAUAUAUUGUACAAGGACAUCGGUUCAACAUCUUCGAGGAAAUUGGCUGCUAUCCGGCCACUUUUAACACCCCUCCUGCAUUUGUACUUGUAUUUUCAUGGCCCUUGGUCCUUGGAUGCAUCUCUGCUUACUAUUGUGUCCGCACUAUUAUCGAACUAGCUCAGCGGAGGGCACAGUUCAUGGAGUUCCUUUCUGUGAACAAGAACCUGAGUUCUAGUCGUUAUUUCCGCCUCAUGGGUCUUGCUGGUAUUGAAGUGUUGUGCACGAUCCCUCUGGGUGCCUAUGUCAUCUACCUCAAUGUUACUGCCCAACCAAUUUACCCUUGGAUCAGUUGGGCCAACGCACACUACGAUUUCUCUCGCGUCGAACAAAUUCCAUCAGUAUUGUGGCGCAUGAGUACACCUCUUGUGUUGUCGCUCGAGCUCAGCCGAUGGUUCCUCGUGAUCUGCGCAUUCGUGUUCUUUGCUUUCUUCGGAUUCGCCGAUGAAGCCAGAAAGAACUACCGUCUCGCCUAUGUUUCGGUUACGAAACGCGUGGGUCUUUCGACCGCUGGUACUGUGUCGUCGGGAGGGUCUUGGUCCGUUGGUUCAAAAUCAGAGAUGGCAUGCAACAGCCGCACUGCUACCAUGCCCGUGUUUGUCACUCAACGUACCGAGCAGAAACGCGAUUCUCUCAAUUCGUUCUCUACCAGCAUCUCAAUUGGCGACUUUAACCCUGCAUUCGACGAUGUCAAGGAGAUUCCGUACUUGCCAACAGAAAUCGCUAAUGGUUCGAUAUCAAAAGAGUCGCUCCCGAUCACGCCUGUUGAUGGUCAGACAGUCCCACUACCAGACACACCCGCUCUUGCAGGGCCUGACCCCGUGCUUGGCAUCAAUUCUGUUCCCCGGCUCGUCGCCGACGUCCCUGAAUCGCUGCGCAAUUCAGUCGAUAUUGUUUGAUUCAUAUUCACACGACCUUCUUUGUCCUAUCAUUCCUUGCACGAUUGUUUUUAUUGUAUUUUUAGCUCUCUGGAAUCCGGACGUAGACGCUUUUACCCUCGGUUUCAUACCCAUUACAUACUCUCUCAAGUACCUUAUGGAUAUAUGUAUGAAUUUGGUCACAGUUAGACAAUGUAGCAUUCUUCGUAGGGCCGCCAAAUUGAACGUUUUCAAACCAGAU